UUCCGGCUUUUCAGCCACUUGGAGAACUUUGACCUUCUGGAGGCAGGGAGUUCUAGCCCCCAAUUCUAGUUCUAGGCAGCCUAUUCUGCUCCAAACUGCCUGACUUGCUUUUAUUAGAUAGAGGAACUGCCUGAGGCCAUCAGGAAUCAGCACUCUGUUUGAAUUCCCAGCCUGCCCUAGGGGCUCCCCACCCCCCUUUCUAUCCCUUUCAGGCUAGAAAGACCUGUCCAAGCAGGGGUUUGGACUACAUCUCCCAGCGUGCCUGGCAGAGUAGUGGCCUCUGUGUGCCGGGCUGCACUAGUUGCGGGUGACAAUGCAGCGGACAGUGAGCGUGGUGGCCCCUCUGUGUUUUCGCCUGCAGGCACAACUCUUGGUUCAAAGCCGACAACUCAGUUGUGUACAGGAUGUGCUCCACAGGACUCCACUCUACGACUUCCACCUGGCCCAUGGAGGAAAGAUGGUGGCGUUUGCAGGGUGGAGUCUGCCUGUGCAAUACCGGGACAGUCAUGUUGAUUCACACCUGCAUACACGCCGGCACUGCUCUCUCUUUGAUGUGUCCCACAUGCUACAGACCAAGAUAUUUGGUUGUGACCGAGUGAAGCUGAUGGAAAGUCUAGUGGUUGGAGACAUUGCAGAACUAAAGCCUAACCAGGGAAUACUGUCACUGUUUACUAAUGAAGCUGGAGGCAUCUUAGAUGACUUGAUUGUGACCAAUACUUCUGAGGGGCACCUGUAUGUAGUGUCCAACGCUGGCUGCUGGGACAAGGACUUGGCUCUCAUGCAGGACAAGGUCAAGGAGUUCCAGAGCAGGGGCAGUGAUGUAGGCCUGGAGGUGGUAGAUAAUGCCCUGCUAGCUCUGCAAGGACCCACGGCAGUGCAAGUAUUACAGGCAGGUGUGACAGAUGAUUUGAGGAAACUGCCCUUCAUGACUAGUGCUGUGAUGGACGUGUUUGGUGUGUCUGGCUGUCGUGUGACCCGCUGUGGCUACACAGGAGAAGAUGGUGUGGAGAUCUCGGUGCCAGCAGUAGGGGCAGUCCACCUGGCAACUGCUCUGCUGAAAAACCCAGAGGUGAAGUUGGCAGGACUAGCAACCAGAGAUAGUCUGCGCUUGGAGGCAGGCCUCUGUCUGUAUGGGAAUGACAUCGAUGAACAUACCACACCUGUGGAGGGCAGCCUCAGCUGGACACUGGGGAAGCGCCGCCGAACCACCAUGGACUUCCCAGGAGCCAAAAUCAUUGUUCCCCAGCUGAAGGGUGAGGUGCAGAAGAGGCGUGUGGGGUUGGUAUGUGAAGGGGCACCAAUGAGAGCACACAGUCCUGUCCUGAGCACAGAAGGCGCUGUGAUUGGCACAGUGACCAGUGGCUGCCCUUCACCCAGCUUGAAGAAGAAUGUGGCCAUGGGUUAUGUGCCAUUCAAGUACAGUCGGCCAGGGACACAGCUGCUGGUGGAGGUUCGGCGGAAGCAGCAAAUGGCAGUGGUUAGCAAAAUGCCCUUCGUGCCCACAAACUACUACACUCUCAAGUGAAGAUGGCCCAUGGGAAAGCCCUUCCUUCCAGGAGUCUUGCCCUAGAAGGCCUUCCAUAGUGCUUAAUCAGAAAAGUGAAGUAGAACUCACAGAGGUUUGUUGUGGUCU